AUGUCACAAUCAAGCACUGAAGCUGUCACUUACUCUUUUGUUCAUUUCUAUUAUCAAAGUUUACAUGAAAAUCCAACUAAAUUAUUUCAAAUUUAUACAGAUGAUGCUAAUUUAACUCAUUCCAAGAUUCCUUCAAAUAAUGAUGAUCAUGAAACUAUUAAUAAAUCAAUUGAAACUGAACAAUUUACAAAUAAAUUGGAAAUUGAAAAAUUUUAUUCAAAUUCAAAUAUUAAAAAUUGUAAAGUUAGAGUUUCAAGUAUUGAUUCUCAAUCAAUUAAUUUAAAUAAUUCAAUUUUAAUUUCAAUUAUUGGUGAAUUAGCUUUAACUGAUGAAAGUCCAGUUUAUAGAUUCACUCAAACUUUUGUUCUUGUACCUGGUAAAGUGGAAAAAACUUAUGAUAUUAGUAAUGAUAUUUUUAGAUUAAUUCCUGAUGAUGAUUUUGAAUUAAAUCAAAUUAAUAAUGAAGAUGAAAUUCAAAAUUCAAUCCCAACUUUAAAUGGAUCAAUUCAAGCUGAAGAACCAUCAACUUCAAAUGUUACUGAAGAUGCUUCAAUUACAAUUACUGAAGCUAAUGGUCAAAUUAAAGAAGAAUCAACUAAAGAAGAAAAAAUUGUGGAAACUCCAGUUGAAAAACCAACUGAAACUUCAGAUGAAACACCAAUUGAAACCGAAAAACCAAAAGAACAAGUCAAUGGUGAUUCAAAUGUUAAAACUGAUGAAAAAGAAGAAGCUCAAAAAGAAGACAAAGAAGAAGACAAAGAAGAACCUUCUUCAAAAGAAGAAUCUUCCAAACCUGAAGAAUCCUCAAAACAAUCUGAAGAAUCAAAACCUGUUAAAGCACCACCAAGAAGCUGGGCAGAUGCUGUUAUUUCAUCACCAUCAACAACUUCUCCAACUACAACUACACCUGUUACAAAAUCAAAACCAAAAUCAAAACCUCAAUCAACUUCAACUCAAUCACCACCACCAUCAUCAACACAACAACAACAAUCACAAUCACAAUCUAAAGAUAAAAAUUCAAAUACUAAACAACAACCUUUACAACAUGCUACAAAUAAUCAAAAUAGAAAUAAAAAAAUUGAUCAUUUAUAUGCAAUUACUGUUAGAGGUAUUGAUGCAUUAUCAGCUUCAGAUGUUCGUGAAGCUUUAGAAAAAUCAUUUGGUAAAACUAUUAAAGUUGAACCAAGAGGUACUUUUGCAUUAGUUUCAUUUGAAGAAGAAAAAGCUCAAAAAGAAGCUUUAAGAGUUAAUCGUUUAAAAAUUAAAUCAAGUGUUGUUACAAUUGAAGAAAAAGGUAAUAAUUUAAGUUUUAAAGAUAAAAGACAAAAUUAUAACAAUAACAAUAACAAUAAUAAUGGUAAAAAUAAAGAAAAUCAAAAAUUCAACAAUCAAAAUCAACAAAAAAAGAAGACAAAUAAAGCUUCAAAUUAA